UCAUCAAAUCAUUAACGACAAAUAUCUUUGUAAAUACGCAUUGGCAGAAACGGUCAGACACGUACACCUUAAUUUUCGUUCUAGAUUCAGGAAAAAAAUACGUUUGUUGAAAUUGGCGACUCUACUCAUCUAACUUCUUGUCCGUGAAUGAGUGUACCAAGUCUACCAAGAUAGUACGUUUAAUCAGGAUGUCGAUAGUCGUAUGAAAGUCUUUUGUUUGAUACGAUAGACAAAUUGUUCUGCGAGGACUUUGUACUAAGGAAGAUUUCAUAAGAAAAAGAGAUUAGGAACAGUGGACUACAAUUAUAACGUGAUUGCACAUCGUAACCAUUUAGAAGAUUUAACGUUGUUGCAUAUAUAAUCGUCGUUAAUUGAGAAAUCGAACAGCGAUGGCGAAGCUGGUGAACGUUUGGCGGGACGAUGACCCGGUCAAUUUGACGCGAAGACAAAUGCCGUUGAUUGUCGAUGAGAAUCUCACGAUGAUUAUGGAUAUAAACGGUUUGGGAGCAAUCUGUGAUAAUCCAUUAGCUCGCGGUAAAAGGCUCGAUGAAUUUACUAUAAUACUUGAUAUGCUUACAAAAGAUGAAAUAAAAGCAUCAUUUAAAAUUACUUGCAAGGACAUGCUUGCAAUUUUAGGUCAAGCUGUACCAUGUGUUGGUUGUAGGAGAAGUGUGGAAAGAUUGUUCUAUGACCUUAUGAAGUCAGGACACCCAGCAUUAGAUCCUUUAGUAAUUACACCUGAAGGUUUAUUGUCUAUAAAAGAUGAUGUUUUGGAGUCACCACAACUACUUUGUACAAUGAUACAAGGUCAUAGUGCUAGGUUGAACAGUUUAGUUGAAAGGCAGCCCAGAAAUAAAAAGUCCAGAAGAUGUGUAUUGCACUCGUUAGAAAUUCAGCGUAUGAGGCCACUUCCAACUGCUUGGAGAGAAGUAUGGGAUUGUAUGGAACUUCCAUGUCGUCAAGAACUUGCUUUAAUAGAAACUGAUACACUUGAUGCUACUUUGGAUACAUAUUUACGCAAACAUCGUUUCUGUGGCGAAUGUCGCACAAAAGUGCUGUUGGCCUCUUCUCUAUUAACAACAGAACCUGAACCAACAAAAGAAAAGGGCUAUGUUGCAGCUUUAUAUUCUGGGAUCAAACGUUGCAUACGUGAUAGACAUGUACAUUUACCUACUAGCACAGUUUAUAUUAGUACUCUAAUUGAGCGUGCUCAACCCGAACUUAUGGGAAGGGAAAGACACGCUAAAACAUUAGAAAUUGCUCAGGAAGAGGUACUUACAUGUUUAGGAAUAUGUGUUGCUGAGCGUUUACAUAGGGUUCAUCGACGAUUAAGAGAAGAAGAAUCUGUAUGCAAAGUAUUAGCUGCUGUUGCAGUAGAUGCACUGGCCAGGAAUUUUCAAAUGGCUAUUGAAGUUAAACAAGGUAUUUCUCAACUAGAACUUUUAUAUGAGGAGUUAACAAGGGAAGAAAUAGCAAAGCAACAACGACGUGAAAAGUUACGUUUGAAACGGAAGAAGAAGAAAGAACGCCGAUAUGAGACGGAAGAAAAAGAAAAUACAUGUGAUUGCUCUAGCAAAAGACAAAACGGUAAUAGCGAAACGCCGUGUGUUUGUGCAGAUUCAAAGCCCACAACUCAAAAUAUAGACCGACAUAAGCUACAAGUAUUAGAUCCAAAAAAUAAGGGACCACCUACAUGUAAAUGCCCGGACUGUAUAAAGAAAUCAAAAUCUAGUGUACCACAAAGUCAAACUCAGUUAGCAUUCCCUAAGAAAUCGUCAAACUCGCAAAAAAAUGCAGUUAAAAAAGGUUCUUCUGAAUCGAAAGGGAAAGUUACUACAAAUCAAUCAAAGAAGAAUGACACUUCUGCUAAGAAUCUUUCCGAAGAAGAACUAUUUGAAUCGUGUGAAUCGUGUAAGGAUUUUUCCGAGAAAAUUGAAGACGAUCAUUGGCACAGCCUGGAAGACUGUAAAGAUCCAGUGGCUACGGAAAUAGUAGAUGCUUGGAUAGGAAAACCAAGCAAACGAUAUAACAUGUGGAUAGAAAUGGAAACACAUUUUGAAUUAUCGAUGUCAGAAAGGAAGAGUCGCUCUUCGAGUGAACGGUCGUCGCAAGAUUGCGGGUAUUCCUCGGAACAUAAUAUUAGCAGUUCUUCACUUCCUAGUACACCAGAAGGAUCUGAAGUAGCUUGCAGUGAUGGAUGUUGUAAUCACGAAAGAGAUUGUCACGAUAUACGGCCAUCCGAUAAACUUGUUCAUUCCAAUUCUAGCAUCUCUUUACUAAAGGAAAGGGGUGGUGGUUUAACACUUACACAGAUGUUAGAAGAUUCCUAUUUGUCAGAUGACGAAGAAAAAGAAAGUUAUAUUCCGGCAGAGGAAGUGUUGGAGUUCAAAUCUCGAAUGUGCCAAGUUCUUGAGAAACGACAAGAGCUUCGUCAGACACUUAGAAAACGUUUUGCUAUUUUAUGCAGCCAUCACAAACCCUUUAUCAUUCCUAACUAAAAAUUCCUACUAGGUACAGUUACUUAAUAGGGUACAAUCUUUCUUUUUUACAUUGAUUUACUGCCAGUAGAAAAACAUGAACGCAAUAGAUGUAUUUUGGAUAAUUGUUAUCAUUGGAGGCCAGCCUUCCUGUGUGAAUAAAAUAUCGUUGGAGAAG